AUGCUGAAGCGCAAGGAUCCAUACAGCGAGGAGAGCUCUGACCUUUGCAUCCAUGAUGUAGCUCAACCUCGGCCAUUAAAACGUCUACGCAUCGCCAACACAGCUUGCAACUCACCAUUUCGGGACAUACUUACCAACAUAUCUUCUGAAAUCCUGCUGAGAAUCCUGUCGUUUCUUUCAUCAUCCGAGCUCCUUGAGAUUUCCCCCACUUCUCGUCGUCUUUACCGCCUUGCCUCGGAUCCUCAUCUGUGGCGCGAACAUUACUACGAGCGGUUUGUCCUUCCACGCGCGUUGCGCAUACCUGGAUUUCGUAUUGGUGGGGCUGGCGGUACCAGGCUUCAAUACUCCGCUCGACGGGCUGUGUGGGCAGAUGGAAGGAAAGGCAGAGCGCCGAAUGAUGAGUUCUUAAAAGAGAGCAGCAAGAACGAGAGCGUUGACUGGAAGAGACAAUACAAGCUACGCCACAACUGGGCCAGAGGCAAAUGUGCAGUGGAGGAAGUCAGCGUGCGAGAUGCUUCAGAAGAAAGUGAUGGGCAAAAGAGAACGCUGAUCAAGGUCGUUGAGGGUAUAGCGAUAACAGCCGACUCGGAAUCUGGACUGCGCGCAUGGGAUCUCCGGACGCGAAGGCCGACCGCGCAACGCAAUUUUUGCGAGGGCGAUGAAAGUGAUGAUAGUACACCGACAUCAUUGGCAAUGGACGAAAACAGCUCUGCGAUUGAGGUGGACAUCAUAGUGGGAUUCACUGAUGGCAGUUUCGGACUUUGGCGGUUGAACCUCGAACAACAAGAAUUGACGCGGCGGUACCGGCAUGAGAAAAGCUGCAAUGGGGAGAUUAUCGCGGUUGCCUGCGGCCAUCCUUAUAUAUUGACAGCGACAACAGCUGGUUUGAUCUCUCUCUACACAUUUAAUCGACCAGCCACUGUGCCUACAGACGAUAUUACGAACAGUGCAAGCGAUAAUAGCGAACCGCUAUCGCACGAGACAGUAGAGCAACAGGCGAAGCCUCGAGAUGCGGGCACGAUCCUGCCGGCCCCCUACCUUCUUACAUCUCUAAAGUCGCACACUACACACCUUCCUAUCGCUCUAUCGAUUCGACGCAUGUCGUCCUCCGUAAGCGCCUCUAUCGCGUACACCUUCCCUGUCCGCGACGGCUGGUGUAUCGGUGUCCAAGACCUACUCAUAACGCCGUCUCCCGAUGGCACCGGCGUCGAUAAACUGACAUCCCGCCUCGCUUCGACACUCCCCAUUGCAGCCUCAGGCGGCGUCGACGCUAUCCGAACUCAUGGGUCACGUCCAGAGCUUAUGACCCUCUGUUACAGCCACCCAUACCUACUCGCCACACUGCCAGACAACACACUGGCCCUAUACCUCUGCACGUCAACCGCCAAAUCUUUAUCACUUUCUUCUGGCAUCCGCCUCUGGGGCCACACGUCAGGCAUUUCGGAUGCUGAGAUUACACCGCGGGGUAAGGCUGUUAGUAUUAGCACGCGGGGCGACGAGAUCCGCGUAUGGGAGCUAGAGGGCCGCGUCGGAGGCAGCAGCAUCGAGGUGCGACCUACGACCAGGCAACCGUCUGAUAACACAGACAGUCCUACAACAGCACCGCGGGCCGAGUGGGAGGACCGCAGGAAUUGGGUCGGCUUCGACGAUGAGAUGGUCAUCGUUCUCAAAGAGACACGAGACGGCCGCGAGAGCUUAAUGGUUUACGAUUUUACUUGA